AUGUGUUCAAUUCCUGGGCUUCCAUCACUUGGCUCAAAUGUGACUGUGUUCAUUACCAGAGUAAAUGUGAACCCUCACUGUGUUCUGGUGGAGUUUUGGGGUAAUUUUGUUCAGGAUCAGAAACUUGCAUAUCAACAAAUGAAAAAGGAGAUUCAGUAUCCCAAAGAAGUAUUUCAUGAAGGAGAAGGCAAGCCUGGUGACCUAUGCCUUGUACGGGUCUAUGAAACAUGGUACCGAGCCCGUAUAGUGUCAAGAAAUGAGCCUUACUACAGUGUGUUUCUCAUUGAUGAAGGCAGAACACUAGGGGCCCAUAUCAGCUUUUUGGCGUGGGGCCAAACUGAUGUGUUUAACCUGCCUCCUGAAGUUGAAUUUUGCAUUCUUUCCAAUGUCCUGCCAUUGUCUACUGAAAAUAGAUGGUCAAAAGUGGCCUUGGGGUUCAUGAAAUCAUUCUGCGGUAAAGCAUUUACUGCCUGUGUUCUGGAUUUUGCUGUACCCCAGCGUGCAUUUCUACUUGAUAUUCCAUGUCUGUCUAAGCAAAUGCAUGAGAUGGGAUUUGCAAAACAGUUGUCAAAUGAAGAGUUCAAAGACUUUGUUUCAAGGUCUUUACAGUCUGAUGCUGAGUCUGUAGAGCCGUUGAGGAGUGCAUCCAAGGGAUAUGAGCCAGUUGAACAAAUCAAACAGCUGUGUUACAUGUAUCCAGAGUUACAAGCUGAAACCACGGAGACAGUGCUAGUCACAGAAGUAAACAAUCCCCUGCGUGUCUUCUGUCAGCUAAAGAUUUUCUCCCUGGAACUCAAGAAACUGACAGAGCAGAUAACGCAGCAUUAUGAAAGAACAACUGGAUUUCAUUUUGCAAGACCUGAGAACUUGGGAGCUCCUUGUGCAGCAAGAGGAACUGAUGGAAAGUGGUAUCGCUCUGUUUUGCAGCAAGUCAUUUCCACCAGUGAUGUAGCUGAGGUGCUGCAUGUGGAUUAUGGGAAGAAACAAUUUGUUCAAGUAGAUCAUGUUAGACCACUGGCCCCAGAAUUCUUCCGAAUGCCUGUUGUGACUUAUGUUUGCUCUCUCCAUGGAGUUAUUGAUCGAGGUGUUGGGUGGACGGUUUCACAGAUGGAUUAUCUGAAGUCAUUACUGCUCAACAGAACUGUCAUUGCCAAAUUUGAGUAUCAAAGCCUCUCAGAGGGUGUCCACUACGUCACACUCUACGGAAAUGAAAACGCAAAUAUAAACAAAUUAUUUGGCUCGAGAGAGAAGUGCUUAAUAGAUUCAAGAUACCUUAAAGAUUAUACCAUGCACAAGAUUGGAACAUGUCAGAGGUGCCAGAUUUCAGUUGAAGGUGAAACGCAAGAAAUGGAGGAUUUGAAAGGGAUUUUGACAGAAGAUUUGUCACUGGUUACUGACCAUGUGGCUGUUGUGCAGCAUGUUGAUAGCCCCUCAAAGUUUUGGAUCCAGACAAAUAAAUAUGCUGCCGAGUUUGACCUGCUAAUGAAUGGCCUGAGGGAGCUGUAUAGUGAUCCGACCAGAGUUAGUGGAUUGAUUAGAAAGCCAGUAGCUGGUCGUCUUUGUGUGGCCAAAGCUAAAGAUGAUGUGUUCUAUAGGGCUGCUAUUUGUGAAGUCAUUGAGACCAAAGCAGAGGUUUUCUUCCUUGAUUAUGGAAACAAAGAAUUGGUAGAUUGUAGCAACCUUCGUGAGUUGCCCCUCAGGUAUCGAAACAUACCAGCCUUGGCAAUUAAGUGUGCUCUUCAUGGCAUUCAACCCAGAAGGAAAGAAUGGGAUCUAAAUGCCACGUUAUUCUUUUCUAAAGUUGUUGCAGACAAAGUCCUUGAUGUUCGCAUACUUGCAAAGACCCAAGACACGCACCUUGUCCAGGUCAUUGAUUCCAUGUCGGAUGGAGAAAAAGACUUUUCAAAACUGCUCCUUAGUACAGGUUUUGCGGACAUGGAAGCUAUAGAUAAACCUGUGGUCACACCAUACGCUACAGUGGUACAGACUUCUGAUGCGUUCAAAGCAAGUGAUGUUUCACCGUCCUCCAGUUCACCUGCUGUAAAAGCUACUUUCAAGGAGCACUUGUUUCCAAUUGGCAGUUCAUUUGAUGUUACAGUUUCCUACAUUGAGAGUCCAAAUGACUUCUGGUGUCAGAAAGUUAAUGAUGCAAAAUUCCUGAAACUGCUAAUGCAAGAUCUCCAGAGGUACUAUGGGAGCUCUGAAUUUCAGCCUCCUUUGGAAGCUGCCUGUGUUGCUCUUCAUCCUGAAAAUAGAAUGUGGUCUCGAGCUUUGGUCAUUCAAAGGCACCAGGCUUCUCAUGUAACUGUCCUCUUUGUUGAUUUUGGGGAAACGAAGAGAAUUUCCAUUUAUGACCUUCGGCCCAUUGAUCCAGAAUUUCUUAAGCUGGAAGGACAAGCUUUUCGAUGCUGCUUGUAUAACUUGGGCAGUCCGGUCUCUCCUUCCACUUUAGUAUGGAGUCCAGAUGCUAUGUUGCAGUUUCGAGAGUUUGUGGACAAGGCAGCUUCAAUGAAUGUAGUGUUAAAAUGUACUGUAUAUGCUGUGAUGUGCAACACUCAGAAAGUGGUGUUCAAUGUAGUGGAUUUGGAGAGUCCUUUCCAAAGCAUCUGCAGCCUUCUUUUCCAGAAAGAUCUGGCUGACCAUGAAUCUAAAAUGGUAGCUCUGCCACCUUUAAGGCUGGAUACGUACUAUUACUCUUCACACAGCAUCAAAACUGGGUCUGAAGAAGGCGUAUGGAUCACCUGUGUGAAAACUGUCAACCAGUUCUUCUGUCAUUUGCAAAGAAAUUCUGUGCAGAUUGGUGAACUUGCAGAUAAAGUCAACAGCUUAUGCAGUCAGCUCCAGAGGGUUAAUUGUCCAAAACCCCCUGGGAAUGUUUGCUUUGCAAAAUAUACUGAUGGGCUGUGGUACAGAGGACAACUUAAAUCUAUAAAGCCUCCAGUUGUAGUACACUUUGUGGAUUAUGGCGAUACCCAGCAAGUUGAGAAAUCUGACCUCUUACCAGUUCCAGUUGAAGCUGCUGAAAUUGUGGCAGUACCUGUGCAAGCAAUUGAGUGUGGGCUGUCUGAUGUGCCUGAAAAAGUUUCAAGUGAAGUGAAUAACUGGUUUGAAAAUUUUGUGACAGAUCGCCAACUGAAAGCCUUGAUAGUAGCCAAAGAACCAUCUGGUAAAUUGAUUGUUGAGCUGUAUGAUGGGAAAACUCCAGUAAAUGCAAUAAUCAGAGAGAAAUUUCACAUCGAAGUUGGCAGAAACGAGCAAAUAACUGUAAAAGGACUUGAUGUCAAGGAUCAACAGCUGUCAUAUAGGGUGUCUGAAAGACGUAAAGUACCACUGUGGACUCCUGAAAAACACUGGCGAGCUCAAAGUGCAGACGCGGAAGAAAGCUCAGGAAACGUUAUUGAUGGGGACAUGAAAAAAGUCCUUGUCCCAGUAAUGUUGAAGCAACAUGAUGUUCUUCCUAGAGAAUCUCAUGGUAAAUCUGAACAUGCCAAACGGAAUGUCUUUAAACAAGCAGAGCUCCCUGUAAAAGUAGUCAAACCAGGUCUGGAAGCUGAAGUAUUCAUCUCGCAUUGCAAUAGUCCUUUGAGUUUCUUUGUCCAGUUGGUAACAGAUGAAAGUGACAUUUGGUCUCUUGUGGAAAAGUUGAAUGAUGGUCAGUCAAAGCAUGUACCUGUUAACCCUGCUGACCUCUGUGAAGGUGACUUGGUUAGUGCAGGGUACCCAGACGAUAACCGUUGGUACCGUGCCGUUAUAAGAAAAGCUCUGGUCAAUGAUGUGGCUGAUGUAGAAUUCAUUGACUUUGGAAAUACUGCUGAAGUCUCUGUCUCAAAAAUAUGCGUUCUGGACAAGACAUUUUCCCAGCCAAGGUAUAGCAUUCAUUGCUCGCUGAGUGGUGUGGUCAGUGUUGACACUGAUGCGGCCUCUAAUUUCAAAAUGGAGAUUGAAAACAAUGCUGAUGGGGUUUUGUGUAAAUUUAUCCAACAGUCCGGUUCUGUAUGGGAGGUCAAACUUGAAGUCAAUGGUGAGCUGUUGGGAUCUGCUUUCUCCAAAGAUGCAAAUGUCAUAACUGUAACAGAUGCACCCAAGAGCCCAGAUACUGACUUCAAUUUGUGUACUUAUAAGAAUUCUGAUAUAGUGACUGGACAGAUAUUUGCUGUAUAUGCCUCAGUCAUUAUUGGGCCACAGCUCUUCUGGUGUCAGUAUGCAGAGGCAGAAAAACUGCAGGAGAUUUCUGAUAUAAUCCAGAAGAUUGGUAGUAAUUUGGAAAGUGGAGCUUUGACUGUGGAAACCCUAUCAACUGGAAGUGGAUGCAUUGCCCUUUUUGAUGAGGACCAACUAUGGUAUCGUGCAAAGGUGACCUCAGUUGAAAAGGACGUGCUCUCGGUUCUGUUUGUUGACUAUGGAAAUGAAUCAAAAGUUAAAACAAGUGACAUUCGACCAUUGCCAUUUGAGGUGUCUGAUUUACCUCCUCAGGCAUUUGCCUGUCAGCUUGAUGGUUUUGAUGUGUUGGAGGGGUCCUGGGAUGAUGAGGCAGCGGAUGAGUUCUUUGAGCUAGUCAAUGACCGGCUCUUGAAGGUAACGGUUCUGAAAUUGGCCAGUUCAUGUGAUAUGGUGCCUUGUCAUUUUGUUGAGUUGGAAUGUGAGGAACGCAUCAUCAAUGAUGAAAUGAAAAAAUGUUGGACUCAGAUCAGCAAGAGGACAUCACUUGAACUAGAAAACGCACCAUCUGCAAGUUUCCCAAAUUCAACUACUGUGACUGAAACAUCCUCUCUCUGUGUAACUGAACCUGUAGUAAGACUCAAGGACCCCCUUUGUGCAGCAACGGAGUAUCUGCAGAAUGCCACUUGCAUUUCUCCCCUUGAAAUGCAGGUAGAAUGCGAUUGCACUCUGACUGAGCAUAAGGAACUAGCUGGAUCCACAGAUUUGCUGGAUAAAAGAAAUGUUGCUGUGGGUAAGAUGCUUUCUCAAGAUGAAGAUCUUGACUUGACUUCAGCAGGCAUUGAAAAACCUGAGAAUUAUGGAAAAAGGUUUAGUGUGAUGGAUACAAAUGUGAAUGCGGCUAUUUUGGGCAUUCAUUCCAGUCAACCUACGAAUGUUGUCAGAGAAUACCCGUUAGACUCCACAGACAUUAUGAGUAAAGGAGCAUCCACAGAUGAGAACCAAGUGGAAACUGUGGAAAGUGUAUCUCCAGAAGGUCAGUCUUGUGAUGAGGUCUGCGAAAACGUGUACGGAUCAGUUUCAGAACACAAGGAGAAUAAGACUCCAUCUGAUCAUGAGAUCAUUAAAUCAGACUUGGGAAAUAUAAGGAGGGCUGCAGAGAGCAGUGCAGUUGGGUCUGAAUGUGUGAUCUGGUCUCAUGUACACAAGAGUUGGUGUCGGGCACAAACGUUAAAGAUUUCUGAUGAUUCUACUUUGGCUGAAAAGGAAGUGGAGCAUGAAGCUGAAACCUGUUUUGCUCCUCAAGAUCCUUCUGGUAAGAUUAAUCAUAUUGAUUGGAUAGAUGAACGUAGCACUGGGAUGGAUCUAGUCCUCACUGAGGAACAGGUAAAUUUGGCUCAAGAAAAAAAACUGAACUCCUGUUUAGGUGACAUGGUGGCAGAAUCUGAAAAACCAGCGAUGGAAUUGGCUCCAGAACUAAAAAUAGCAGAGAAUGUAUGCAGUGUGAGGACUGUGCAGGUACGAACUGAGGAGAUGAGUUUUCCAGCAGAGGAACAGAGAGAACAUGUGACUAAGACGUGUGAGCAGGUACAUGAGCUGAUGGACUUCACACCUGCGAUACCACUGCAGAAGGACCAAGAGGUGGAUCGGGAGGCUGAAACUGAUCUGGAUACCUUCGGUGUAAUGUCAGAGAAGGUUACAAAACAAAGAGACCAGAGAAGCUCCAGACUCUGCCAACUUGACAAAAGGAGCCAAACUGAGCCUCAAGACAAAAAGCAUGAUUCCUGUUUCGAUGACUUGAUGGUAGAAUCUGAAAAACCUGUGCAAGAUGCAACUCGAGGUCCAGAUUUAGGUCUUGAUACUCCUCAGGAAAUGAGUAAAAUGUUUGUUGGAGAUGUUUCAGUUGAGCAAAAUGAACCAGCCAUGGAAAUGAAUCCAACACUCGAAUUAGUGCAAGAUUCAUGCUGUGCUGUGAAAGUACAGGUUCAACCUCUGGAAGAUACUGAGGAGACGAGUCCUCCAGGAGAGGAACAGGGAGAACAUGUGACAAAGACGUGUGAGCAGGAAGAUAAGCUGAUGGACUUCACAUCAGCGAUACCACCACAGAAGGAGAGGGAAUCUGAGGCUGAAACUGAUCUCUGUUUCAAAGAGCUGGCUGUGGAACUGGAUGCUGAUCUUGAUUUGGCUUCUGCAGUUAAAGUGAUUGAUGGUAGUGACUUUGUGAGUGAGACUGAACAGGGGUUGGAUACAUCAGACAUGAUAAAAGUCAGUAGCGUGGAGACUGAAUUUUUUGCUGCUGAUAUGGUGUCUUCUGACUUGCAGAAACCAUUGGAUGCAGAGGAGCUCAGAGCUUCAACAGUUACACAUCUGUCCCUUAGAAUUGAGGACACGUCUGAUGAUAACAUCUUUGUGAGAGUGUGGCAGGUUUCCUCAUCUGAGGCGAACGAGCCCAGUGAUAAAGAAUAG